AUGUCUCACUCUGACAUCUCAUUUCCUCUUCCUGGUCUGUGCCUCAAAAUAUUUAAAUUGCUCGAUGACGAUCCUUGCAUCAUCGCAAUUGACAACUGUGGUACUCUCGACAAAAUCCUUGCCCUUGCCAUUUAUGGCUCCAGAGGCCACUAUGAUGGACAUGUAGAGUCCAGGUAUUACAAAGUCAUGCAUAGAGAUGACAUCUUUUACACUACAUCAUUCACAUUUUUGCUGGCGGGGGACUGCAUACUUAUGUUAACUUCCACCCUUGGCACCACUUGGAAAAGGUACCAAAGGCCUUCCAGGGGAGGCCUCCCCUUAGAUCCUGUUCAGGACCAUGCGAGGAGGAGUGAGGAGGAGCAAGGGGUUCAUUUCAUCGGUGAUCCAGGCUUCUCCUCACAGCUCGUGUUCACAUAA